AUGGGUGCAACAUAUUCUUUUAUUUCACUUGAUUGUGCUAAGAGGUUGGAUUUAAAGUUGUCUUAUAUGGUUGGAAGUAUGGUUAUUGAUACCUCAACCAAUGGUCCAGUAACUACUUCAUUGGUUUGUUUGAAGUUUCCUCUAACUAUUUAUGGUAAGAGUUUUGUGAUGGACUUAGUUUAUCUACAGUUGAGUCAGCUUGAUGUUAUCCUUGGAAUAAAGUGGUUGGAGUUUAACCGUGUUCUUAUCAAGUGUGUUUCCAUGACCGUGAUGUUUCCAGAGAUGGGAGGUGAUAUGGAGUUGAUGUUUAUAUAUGCUAAGAAAGUAAGAGAAUUUUUUAAAGAGGAGGUGCAAGUGUGUGCUAUGUUUGUUGCUUUGGGAAUCGAUAAUAAAGUUGUGAUGGGAGAGGUGCCACUUGUGUGUGAUUCUUUCAAAGUGUUUCCAUAUGAUAUCAUUGAUUUACCGCCAGAGCACUAG